AUGGCAGUCUCCGGUCUCCUCACCUUCACAAACUUCCUCCUCCUCUCCAUCCUCGCUCUCUACUUCUCCAAUGGCUUCCCAAACCUCUUCAAUCCCCAGCCGAACCAGACAAACCUCGUAGUCUACGUGCACGACUAUUUCACCGGAGAAGACGCAUCCGCGAUCACUGUCGGCGGGAGAAAAGGACCGGAAUCGAGCGUUCUGGAGUUCGGAACCGUAAUUGUGGUCGACGAUCCGGUGACGGAAGGGCCGAAGAUCGAGUCUCGAGAGAUCGGGAGGGCACAGGGUAUGUAUAUAAACUCCCAAUCGGACGGGAAAGGGCUGUAUAUGGUGUUCUCGUUGAUUUUUAGCGGCGGCGAGUUCGGAGGGAGUAGCUUGGAGAUUCAAGGCUCCGAUUUGUUCACUAUGAAGGAGAGGGAAUUUGGGGUGGUUUCGGGAACCGGUUUUUUCCGGUUCGUUAAGGGGUUUGGAAUUAUGCAAACCGAAAGUAUGGAUUUGGUUAAUUUGAGAGCUGUCAUUAAGCUUAAUAUUACAGUUAAGCACUACUGAUUUAUUAUUAUUUUCAAUUAAAUUGCAAAUUUAAUUCCGAAGAGUUUGAAUUAAA